CAAUAAUGGAGAAAAAGAUGGAGAGUGAAAGAAAAAUGAAAGGGGGAUUAAGUUGUGAAAGCCAAAGAGAUCUUGAGAGGAGGGAAGGACAAAACUUUCAUAUUGCAAAAGCCUUACUUUUUCCAGUCAAAACUAAAAAAAUUAAAAGGAGAUUGGAAUUUAUUGAGAAUAAUAUUGAAAAGCAUCAAAAAUUAAUUGAACAACACGGCAAAGCUAUUGAUGAAUUGCCAACUCUAAACAUCAUGAAUCUCAGAAUGGUAGAUUUGAGACAAGCACUGUUAGGAGAGCUUUAUCAAAAGGUUACAGACUGAUUUCAGACCCACCCAUCUUUAACUCAAUCUGAUCUACGACCUGUAUCAAAUACUAUCGAUAACCUCAAAGCCCAAGUUCUCUCUCUUGAGUCCAAAAUUGCCAAAACAAAAAUUUCUACUCAAAAAUCUCUCAAAGCUCACACUACCUCCUUCGAUGAAAAACUAAAAUCCCUCUCUGACUCUCUUUCCAAAACCCUUCUUUCCCAAGUCCAGACCUCUCUCGAACAGACUCACUGAAAAUAACUGAGCGAUGUUUGGAAGUGAGAGUGAGGAUAGUGAAGAGAGUGAUGGAUAUGAGAGAGGGAGGAAAGAAGUGGGUAUAGGAGGAAAUGAAAGUUUGAAGAGAGUUACAGUUAAUAUUGAAGGAGCUAAAAGAUCGAAUAUGAAGGGUAUAAUGGAAAAUGAAGGAGGACUGGACUGUAGGAUUAAAGAAACUAAGUAUCUUCAGAACAACACUGCUGUUAAUGAAAUUAAUAAAAUUGAUAAAGUUUCUAGAGAAAUGAUAAAAUCUCCUAAAUAAAAUUCAAAAGUUGUUGAGCGAUAUCACAAAUGCUGUUAAAGGAAAUUCAAAUACUAUAGAGAUGAUAUCUCUUGAUCUUUUCGAUCUUCAGAAAUCUUUUCUAGAAGCAUCUAGCAGGAUUCCAGUUCCAGAAAUCACAACAUCAGAGGCUCCGUUAGAUAAAAUUGAAGAGGAAAAGAGUCAAGACGAAAAGAGAGCUUUGGAGGAUGAGAAAUUUGAUGAAUUAUAUCUAAAAGUAGAGAAAGAACUGAGUAGAAUUACAGAUUUAAAACAAUCUCUGGAAAAAAUGAAAAGCAUGAUUACAUUUAAUAUCACAAAAGCCAAGAACGAACAGAAGAGUCAAUUAAUAAGGAUUGUGAAGCUUGAAGUCAACCAAAGAGAGCUUAGAAAUAGCUUUGAAAUAUUAUGUAAUAAAAUCACUCAAAAACCAAAGAUUGACAACACAAAAUAAAAUAAAAGAGAUGCAUCUGAAGUCUAUGAAUAGAGUGCAAAGUAGCUUCAAAGAUCUUUAUACCCAAAUAAAACAAGUUAGGGAACAACAAGACACAGCUCUUAAAUAAACUCACAAGAUCUCGGUCCAUUAGCAUAGAGCUUUCUCAACUCCAGAAUGAAAACAAGAUGCUUUCUUUUGAAAUUACCAGAAUUCACAAAGAGAAUCGGAAGCUGAUCCAAUCACAAAGCACAAAAAGAGAUAUCAAAGCAGCUCCAUCUAGAGCUAAAGGAAUUGGGUUACUUGCUAAAUCUCAGCAACUAGAAGAAGAAUCUCCUUGCAAAUCUGCAUCUAGCAAGUCUUCAACCUACGGGAUCCCUGUACUAAAAUCUGUCCUUAGCAGAUACCAAAAGAGUAUGAAUGAAAUCCCUGCUAAGAUUUCUGUGUCUAACAGAAAAGCCAAUGACAAAAAGUUUAUUUUCAAGUAAAUUUCAUAAAACUU